UGCACCAUGCAAUACUGGAAACAGAAAUGACUAGUUCACGCCUCAAGUCUUAGGCUCCCGGUCGUUCAUUCAUCACGUCACAUCUCCACUGCACUGCCUAUGGGGCAGUCACGGGAUGAAUGAACGACUCGUACCCUAAGACUCGAGAGUGAACUAAUCGUUUCCAGGGAACAGAUGUGACAAAUGUGACGUGACAGAAGAAAGAACGACUCUGAUCGGGAAAUGAGGUGAAUUAACAGACUGCAUAGCCUAAAAACCCAGCUAAGCUAUUAGGCUAAUUAGCUGUUAAGCUAAUUAGCCUAUAGUUUAUUAUUUAUUUUUUAUAUUUAUCCAAAUGUGAUCAACGCUUGCGUAAGUACUACACGUGUUGGGGUACUUAACAUGUAAAAUUUUAAUGAUAUUCUGCUGAAGAAAAAAAACACGAAAUGACUCGAAAAAAGAUCCGUUCAUUUUGCUGAACGAGAUUCAAAUGUCCGAGUCAGUACAAAGAUCCGAACUUCCUAUCACUACUAGUGACUUCUUUAACGAGCCCAAGGCAGAGCGAGCCCACGUUCAGAUAUCGCGAGAUUCUGGUUUGAGCUCAGUUCUCGUGGGUGGAGUUUCCCUCAGCCGGGUUAGGCUUGCACAGACUGACAGUUCGUGAGUCGGAUUCACCUCACUAGCAGAACUGUGAAGAAACGACCAGUCUAUGUCGUAGAGAAAGCAGAGUAUUUUAGCUGCAUUAAGCUGUAAUCGGUGCUUGUUUUCUUCGGAUAAAGCAAAUGGUGUCGUGAGGUUUCUGAAAGCACGCUAGCCGUGUGCACCGUUCACACACGCGCACACUCGCGCGCACACGCACACAGAGCUGCACUCAGUCUUAGCCAGUUACUGAAGCACUAGAACCGCACUGACUUGUGAUACCACUGACCUGUUUAUCUGCUUUCUGUCCCUGUACAUAAAUUCGAUGGAAUUUACAGCUUAAAAUGUGUAUGAUUGGCUGUCUUUAGAGUUCAAACACUGAUCAACUGGAAUAAAAUACAUAAAGAGGGCCCAUAACGUGAGAAAGCCUGAUGUUAUGGUCAAGGUGGAUCUGGAGCCUAGUCACUAGCCCAUCACACGGAACCAUUUGAACACACACACAUGCACCUCAGGAGCUCAGGAUUGACUUGAGGAAUCUGGAGCUGUGAGAAGGUCGAGCAUGAGCGUGGUGUUGGAACUCAGCUGCAAUGCAUGCAUUAAGCUGUAGAAUGAACCUGGCAGCAGUGCUAAAUGGCCUGCUUGUAUCGCUGGUUGCAGCCCUGCUAUGGAAGUAUGUUCAGCUAAGCGACCACAUGGCCCAACUGGAAGAGGAGCUACAGCUGACGCGUCAAUCCCAGGAGCUUUCACAUGUGCGCAUAGAUUAUCAUGCCGCUCUGUUGGCACUGCAAGAGCAAGGCACAAGGAUGGUCUGCACUGGCAAGAUGCACACUGACCGCAUCUGCCGCUUUGACUAUCUUUGCUACUGUUCCGAGGCUGAGGAGUUCAUAUUCUUCCAUAGUAAUGCCUCAGUCAUGCUUCCCAAUUUAGGCCCUCGUCGCUUCCAACCAGCCCUGCUGGACUUGUCCUCUGUUGAGGAUCAUAAUACUCAGUAUUUUAAUUUCUUGGAACUGCCCGCAGCUGCACUAAAGUACAUGCCGAAGCCUGUGUUUGUGCCAGAUGUCACUCUCAUCCUCAAUCGCUUCAACGCUGAUAACCUGAUGCACAUCUUCCACGAUGAUCUUCUUCCAAUAUUCUACACCAUGCAACAGUACACAGACUUGGAUGAUGAAGCCAGGCUCGUCUUCAUGGAAGGUUGGGGAGAGGGGAGCCAUUUUGAUCUCUAUCGCCUGCUUAGCAGCAAACAGCCACUACUUAAAGAGCACUUACGGAACUUUGGCAAGCUCAUGUGCUUCACCAAGUCUUAUGUCGGAUUGUCAAAGAUGACCACAUGGUAUCAGUACGGCUUUGUACAGCCCCAAGGGCCCAAAGCUAACAUACUGGUGUCUGGGAAUGAGAUUCGUCAGUUUGCCUCGUUCAUAAUGGACAGACUUAAUAUCACAACAAAGGAGAGGCCUGAAGGUGAUGAUUAUAUAGUAGUUUUUAGUAGAACUUCUAACAGGUUGAUACUCAAUGAGGCAGAGUUGCUUCUUUCUUUGGCUCAAGAGUACAAAAUGAGGACAGUCACCGUGUCCUUGGAGGAGCAAACUUUCGCAAGCAUAGUCCAGCUUAUCAGUGCGGCAUCCAUGCUGGUCAGCAUGCAUGGUGCUCAACUGAUCACGUCCAUGUUCCUACCACGAGGGGCUGCUGUCAUCGAGCUUUUUCCAUACGCUGUCAACCCAGAACAGUAUACUCCAUAUAAAACUCUGGCCUCCUUGCCAGGAAUGGACCUGCAGUACAUAGCAUGGAGAAACACCAUUGAAGAGAAUUCUGUAGCCUAUCCUGACCGCCCCUGGGACCAAGGAGGUAUCACUCACCUGGAGAAAGAGGAACAGGAACGUAUCCUAGCUAGCAAGGAGGUACAGAGACACCUCUGCUGUCGCAACCCAGAGUGGCUUUUCCGGAUUUAUCAAGACACCAUUGUGGACAUUCCUUCCUUCUUGGAAGUCCUUCGAGACGGUCUAAAAAUUAAGCCUAAUCUGAAAAAGAGCAAACCUGUCAGUGUAGUACAUCCUGGUCGAGUCAGACAUCCCAAGUGCCAGACAUCAGUGCAGGCUGCCCAUGAAGCAAAGCUGUCCGUGUCCUGGCAGAUUCCUUGGAACCUCAAGUACUUGAAGGUAAGAGAGGUAAAAUAUGAAGUGUGGAUCCAGGAGCAGGGAGAGAACACAUACAUGCCUUAUAUUCUCCCCCAACAAAACUAUACCUUUUCAGAGAACAUUAAGCCCUUUACUACAUAUUUAGUGUGGGUGCGCUGUAUCUUUAACAAGAACCUUUUGGGACCGUUUGCAGACGUUCUUAUAUGUAAAACCUAACUCUGUUAAGCUCAUAGUGUCAAGACCAGGGAAAUGCUGAUUACAAAUACUGUGAAGUUGGCUUAUUCUGUGGAAAAAAACAAAACGGAUUUUCCUACAACGUGACAUAGUCUGUAGCUCAUUGCCACAGAAAAUGAGAGGAACAUUUGUACUGAGGAGGACUAAAAAUGAAUACAGAACACUGGACUGCCAAACUGGACUCUUUGAAAAGUCUCCUUUAACUUUAUCAUGAGUUUGAAAGAUUUUCGAUAUUCAAAAUGUAUUUAUAAAAUGGUGUAAGCUAAUUUAUUUUUAUUUAUCAGUUAAGAUGUGUGGUGUUGAAAUGUGUUGUGCCUGUGGGUGUGAUUAUCUGAUUGUGCUGAUAGAUAUUUUAAAGUUUCCUACUUUUUUGGCACAAGUGAUUUUGUUAAAAUUUUGCAAUCCUGACUUUUAUGUGACUUUGUGACUUGAGCAAAUGUUUCAUGUAGUCAUUACAAUCUCAUUGGUUAGCUUAACAUUAGAUAUAAUAUCAAGCCAAAUUAGCCUAAAAGCAAAGUGGUCUUAGAAGUAUGUUUUUCCCCAUUUAUUCAUUGUAUGUGUGGAUGACUUGUACUAGUUUCUCAGUGUUGAUGCUUUUCCUUUUUAUUCGAGAAGACAUUUCAUGCUUGCGUAUUUUGAUAUUGAAAUAGUUUGUAAAUGAGACUUACUGUACUGGGAAUAUGGAAUGGGAGGACUGAGUCUUUUAACUGUGGCCUGGCAUGAUAAAUGGAAAUAAAGAUAGAACACUGUUAGUGGGUUUAUCAGAACUAAGAGUUGAAUGUAACCUGUAGUAUCAGUUAUUAAGUUUCUCGCUAUAAAUUAUUUAAUUCCUUAACAUUCUGGCUCUCCUUAACUAUUGUCCCAUACUUCAGUAUCAAUAUUUAACUGUAGUGUUCUGUUUGAUAUUUAGCAAUGGAUGUGAUGUUCACUGCCCACAUUGGCUUAGGGAGCUGAGAUAGAAGAGAAUAUUUGAAAUGACCAACCUUGAACACAUCUGUGUUUUUGGGCAACAGUAAAGUCACACAAAACCACUUCUUAUGCCUGGGGAUGCUCCUGCAAGCAGGUAUGAAUGAAAAUACUACCUAGACGUAAUAUAACAGUGAAUUUACUUAUCUGCUUUAUUUUUGUUAAAGCAGAUCGGUGUCAAUUGAUAUUGCACCACUUGGUGAAAAAUAAAAUGGGCAUUUUUCAUGUUCAAGAGAGGUAAAACACAUAAAAUUUCAUUUGGGGAGGUUAAAAAAAUAGCAUUUUUAGUAUGGUUCCACUUCAGGUAAAAAAAGGAUCUAUUUUGACCCAAACAGAACACAAGAGUUAAAGUGUGUACAUUUUCCCUUAUUUUGUGGGAUCAUUUUUUCCUCAUUUAGAUACCUCACCUGUACUCUGUAUUACCAUAUCCAGUGUUUUGAUUGACAUAAUUAAAUGCUAAUCAUAUUCAUGUA